AUGACGUGCCUUCUGCUUUUGGCAGCUUGUACACUGGUUGGAGGUCUGCAAGGAGAAGGCUACACCGACGCAGCGGAGAUUCUCCUGGAGAUGCAGCGCGCUCAGAGAGCUGGCUCCGAGUACUUGGCGCAGAAGCAGAGCGAGGCAUUUGUCGCGACAAAGGCUGCAAGCCUCUUGCAGGUGAACAAAGGUCCUGCAGGCCGGUCAGGGCCACAUGACAGCCAGGAGGCGCGGCUCAAUCGGUUCAACCCCUUCAAGCCAGAUCCAGCACUCAUGCGAGCAUCGACUCUGGAGCUUAUCGAGGACGAAGACGAAUGA